AUGGCGUCACAUCUUAACAUUGACGACGAUGAUGACCUUCUCGAUAAUGACCUUAUAGAUGCGGAUGACGCUGCCAUCGAAGCCGACGAUCCCUUGAACACAUCCGAUACAACACCUCUACGAGGAAACAUUCAAUCAGACACAAAUGCAGGCUCUACUUCUUCACGAGGCACUGGCGGUCUCGGCGGCUUCUCCUCAAAUUACCUUACAUCCUCCAUACCCGGCGAAGAUCGUCGCGCGCCGCAAAACACCAUUGACGAAACUGUUUGGGAGACCCUCUCUCGCGAUCUAUUGGCCGUAUGGGAGAAAAUGAGACAGGUCCUUUGGCCCAAGUAUCUGCUUGGUGGUCUCCUUGUUCGAAGUGGUGGCGGUAUUGGCGGUGCCGCGGAGCGAGGGGAGGCUUCUACUGGCGCUACUGGGUUUGGUCGGAAUUUGCGUGGUUUGGUGGGUAGAUGGCCUGAUGCCGAUGUUGUGCUUCAGAGUGGCAUGAGUGAAGGUUUACGGGAUUGGGAUUUAUGGGGCCCUCUCAUUUUCUGCUUACUUCUUAGCAUGUUCCUCUCCAUGCGAGCUCAUGACGAACAAUCGUCUCUUGUAUUCUCCGGUGUCUUCUCUAUUGUGUGGAUUGGAGAGGCCAUUGUCACACUGCAGAUCAAGCUGCUUGGAGGAAAUAUCUCAUUCUUCCAAUCCGUGUGCAUCAUCGGAUACACCCUGUUUCCUCUAGUCAUCGCCGCACUCCUCAGUGCACUAGGUCUACCGAUGAUUGUGCGAAUCCCGGUCUAUCUUGUCCUGAUCGCCUGGUCUCUCGCUGCCGGAGUCAGUAUCCUUGGGGGCUCGGGCGUACUUCGCAAUCGCGUUGGUAUUGCGGUCUACCCAUUGCUCGUCUUUUACAUUUCAAUUGGCUGCCUCUGCUUUAUUAGCUAG